AUGGCUCAAUAAUAAGUGUAAAGGUAUGAUGCUGAUGAAAAUUUGUCCAAAUUUCUUAAUAAGGAAUUGGGCAAAUCAAUCAAGUUCUAGAAGAAACACGUAAUAAUAAAAUUUAAUGGAGUAGGAGAAAGAACUCAACAAUUUAUUAGCUUACCAACAAAUAAUAUAGGACGAGAAAUUAAAGAAUGAGAAUAAAUUACACCAAAUGUUUUAUAAGGAGAAACUGAUCGAUCAUUAAAAAAAACAAAAAGAAGACUAUGUAAUUAUCCAUCUUAUUUCAGCUUAAAGAGCAGAAGGUCAACAAGGAUCACUAAUUUCUAUACAAAUAAAAAGAAAAUGAUUACAUCAAUUCUUUAGAUGCAAGUUGGUGCUUUUAUCAAGAUUAUUCUCCAUCAAAAGAUAUGAAACCAUUGAAAGUAGAUGCUGAAAGAGAGAAGGUUCUUCGAUUCUUAUUCAAACAACUCUAAACCACUACUGAUAAUGUGGAGAGAGCACUGAUAAAAAAGAAGAUUAACAAGUUUCGUGAUUCUGAAGUAUAAUCUGUCAUAAAUUUUAUAGAUUUCUAAAAAGAAAUUAGAGUACAUUGAUCAUAAAAUAGAAUAUGCGAAAUAAGUCAGAAGCGAAUCUCUCGAUCGUUCUAUUGAUAAGAUCAGAAUGCAUGAUAUGCACAUUAUUGAUGUUUAAGAGAAAAAUAAUCUUAUAAAUUAAGAGAAAUAAUCAUAUUACAGUGACAAAAUAAAUUAGAUUGAAUAAAAGAUAUAGAUGAUAGAGAAACAACAACAACGUAAUAGAUUAAACAGAUUGAAUGUUGAAUAAUAAAAGGAUGAGUAUCGUCAGGCUGUAAGAUCCAAUUCCCAAACUCUAAUACAUCAAAAGGAAUUACUAAAUUAAAAUCAUUUUAGUGAGAAAGUGUAUAAAUUAAACUUCCUUGUGGAUCAGAAAUAGAAAUUAUUGAAAUAAAGAUAAGAAUUAUUGGAUGCAUUGAAUUAGAAAAGAGUAAUCGCUCGAUAAUCUUUGGAUGAUGUUAAAUAUCCUCAGAUAAACUCGAAUAAUUAUAAAGCAAUCAAUUUUUGA